AUGUCGGAUAAUCAUUUUGUAUUUUUGAGUUUGAGACUUUUCAGUACUACUACUACUACUACUACUACUACUACUACUACUACUACUAAUAAUAAUAAUAAUAAUAAUAAUAAUAAUAAUACUACUACUAAUACUAAUACUACUACUACUACUACUACUACUUCUACAACAACAACAACAACAACAACAACUACUACUACUACUACUACUACUACUAUUACUACUACUAAUACUGUGUAUAGUUAUACUACUACUACUACUACUACUACUACUACUACUACUACUAAUAAUAAUAAUAAUAAUAAUAAUAAUAAUAAUAAUGAUAAUAAUAAUAAUAAUAAUAAUAAUAACAAUUAUAAUAAUACCACAACUUGUGUAAAUCGAUUGAAUUCGAAAUUUUACAUCGAUGAUCCAGAUUCUCAUUGUCUAUCCCGGUAA